AUGGCUUCCCUCCGUCGCUGCGUUGCCGCUUUGGCCGUGCUGCUCUGCUCGCUGUCUGGCGCUGCGCUUGCCGACUCUUUGACCUGCAAGACGCUGUCCAACACGUCCGACAUCACCCUUGACCACCCAUUCGAGCUCAGCUACACCCAUGACAACGGCCUGUACUGGUCGACGGGAUGCUCGGCGCUCAAGCCCGCGUGCAUCAUCAAGCCCUCGACGGCCGACGAGGUCUCGCACAUUGUCAAGGUGCUGAACCAGAACAAUGAGCUCUUCGCCAUCAAGUCGGGCGGGCACAACCCCAACCAGCACUUCAAUGCCAUCAAGGGCGGCCCGCUCAUUGACACGAAGCUGCUGGACGAGGUGACGCUGGAUGCCCAGGCCAAGACGGUGCGCGUCGGGCCCGGCAACCGGUGGGAGGACGUGCACAAGGUCCUCGACGGCUCGGGCUACACGGUCGUGGGCGGGCGCAUCGGCAACGUCGGCGUCGGCGGGUACAUGCUCGGCGGCGGGCUGAGCUUCCUGUCGGCGCAGUACGGGUGGGCCGCGAACAACGUCGUCGAGUUUGAGGUGGUGCUGGCGAACGGCACCAUCACGACGGCGUCGUGCACCACCAACCCCGACCUCUUCAAGGCGCUCAAGGGCGGCGGCGCCAACUUCGGCAUCGUCACGGCGUACACGCUGCGCGCCCACCAAAUCGGCCAGGUCUGGGGCGGGAACCUGGUGUUUGCGGCAGACAAGACGGACGACCUGCUCGCCGCGGUGCGCAACUUCACGGCGAACUACCCGGACGAGAAGGCGGGCGUGAUAGUGACGUCUGAGAUCACGGCCGCCAGCCUCGUGCACAUCUGGAUUUUGUUCUUGUUCUACGACGGGCCGACGCCGCCCGAGGGCACGUUCAACCUCUUCACGGACCUGAAGCCGCUCAGCAACAAUUGCAAGACGCGCAGCUACUACGACUUGCUGGGGUUCAACGACUGGUCGAUCCUGCACGGCAGCGUGUACACGAUCGCGACGGAGAUGACGCCGGUGCCGGCGGCCGACGACAUGGCGCUGAUGCACGAGUACCACGACCACUGGAUCAACACGACGCACACGGUGCUGGACGUGCCGGGGCUGGUGGCGUCGAUGGCGUUCCAGCCGUUUCCGGCGUCGAUGGCCAAGCGCGCGCAGGAGAUUGACGCGGCCGAGGGCGGCACGGGCGACCUCAUCGGCUUCGACGACGCCGCCGACCGCAUCAUCUUCGAGUUCGACUAUAGCUACGUCAGCAUGGCGCCCGCGACGCUGAACCAGCGCGUCGAUGACGCCACCGUCGCGCUCUACUCGGGCAUUCGCGACCGCGUCACGGCCGCCGUGGACAAGGGCCGCGUGCCCGAUGUUUAUCUGCCCAUUUUCAUGAAUGAUGGCUAUUUCCGCCAGGACUACUGGGGCAGGCUGGGCCAGACGGAGUGGGCCCGCGCCGUUAGGGACCGCUAUGAUCCGCAUACGUUUUGGACGGAGCGGACGCCGGGCGGGUUCAAGUUGUAG